ACAAUGGAGAAAUUUGGUGAAUUUACCGGGCCCACAACGUCUAAAAAUAAACCACAAGUCGUUGAUUUAGCGAUAGAUCCACCCAAGGAACCCUUUUGGGUUAAAUGCAUUCGUUAUGCUCAUGACAGCCAAGCUGGAACCUAUUGUGGUAGGACUGGUAAAAGUUGGAUACUCAUUAUAAUAUACGCCAUCAUAUAUCUUAUCUUUCUCAGUACUUACACUAUGAUUUUCCUGUACUGCUCGAUCCUCAUCAUCAAGACCAGACUAGGUGACACCAGUCAAACAAACAUUGCUCUAUUUGAACUCUUCACGUACCCUGAAACUGGAGUUGGUUUGACCGGAACACCCACCAAUCUAAAUGACUACCCUCUCAUCUGGUACAGGGAAGGUGUGAAUAAUGAUUAUGAGAAAUAUAUCCGCGCUCUAGAUGCAAUGUUUGCUAAUCAUCGUACAGAAAGAGACGUAGCAGGUAAUUUGGGUCCUUGUGCCAAAUCUCCUUAUGGCUAUGGAGAUAAACCCUGUGUUAUUAUCAAAAUAAAUAAACAAUAUAAGUGGGCUGAAUCACCUUUGGAAUCUACUUCGCCACAAGCAGGUAAUGCGCCUGAUGAGGUUCAGAAAUGGAUGCAAGUUGAUAGCAAGAAAUACUGGCUUCAUUGUUCUGGAUACCAUUCUUAUGAUAAAGAACAUAUUGGGAAUAUUCAGUACUAUCCUGAUCCUCCAGGGUUUGACUCUAAAUUGUUUCCUGUACGUAUGAACGCUACUUUGCCAAUGAUAGCCAUUCAGAUAGUGGACUUUACGUAUGGUAUAUCUCUAGCUAUUCAAUGUAAACUUUGGUACGAUAAAGGUGUAUCUACAUUGAAUUUUAUAUUGUAUGUUAUGCCGAAACAAAGGCAUACGAUGACAAGAACUAUUGCGAAAAAUAUGACACAAUGAAAAGAAUUAUUGUGAAAGUUGAUUAUGAAGUAAAUUUGGGACUUUCAAGAGAAAGUAGCAAAUUCUUGAUAAUGGCGUUUACUUCUUGUUCCGUACUUUCUAGAUGAAGUUUCCUUUACUUUGGUUUUGCAUUAAUUUACUCAAUAGUUUAACAGCCUGUAGUACUUAAAACGGAAACUAAAU